UUUUUAUUCUUUACAAACGAUUUCAGAGAAUAAAGUAAUUAAAUUCCAUUAUAUAUAUUCCUUUCUUUAAUCUCUUUACAUAUAUAAAAAAAAAAAAAAGGAACAAGAAGAAAGGUACUUUUGUCGGCCGGCGCAACCCAAAAAAAAAACCAGAUCUCUUCUUCUUCUUCAGAUCAGUGUUUUAUUAAGCACGACGAACCCUUGUUCUGUUUCUUCUAACAACCAGAAGCAAAAAAAAAAAAAAGUUUUAAUUUUUGUGAGGCUAAGCAAAAGAGAAGAGAAGAAGAUGACGGAGUAUGAGAAUGGGAAGAAGAGGAAAGUACGAAACAAACAUCAACUGAAAGCACAGUUCUUGUCUCAAAGGUAUCUAAUCUCAUGCUUCUGUUGUUGUUUCUUCGUCUUGCUCUUCUUCUUAUCUUCCGACCGUAUCUCCACACUCUCUGUUCGCUCCGAUUCCCUGAGACCGUCUCUUCGUGUUCCUGCUCUCUCCGUUUUAUCGUCCAUGGAUUCGAUUCACCGUUCGUUUCACGGCGGCGUUAAGUUCCCUGAGUUGAGAGUUGACGACAGAGUUCAAUUCCCCGACCACUUGUUGCUGAUUCUCUCGAGUAAGAUCGGGAGAGGUGAUGAGAAAAACCUAGUUUGUGUGUAUCGUGGAGUAAAGGAAGAGACUUUAGUGUUGCCCUCGAUUUCUAGUGACGAAUUCGAUGAGUUUAGAUCCAUUGUUCGUUGCCCUAACGCUCCUUUGAACUACUCUUCAUCUGUUGAUUUGCGAUUCCGUGGAGAUUUGGCGAAGAAGAGGCAGAGGCAGAGCAGUCGUGUUCAUAAUUGGGAAAAAAUUGGUUACGAGGCCGUGGUUGAUGGUGACACGGUGGUUGUGUUUGUUAAAGGAUUGACUCGAAGGCCUCACAAGGAAUCAGAUCCUUCUUACUACAAGUGUCAAUUCGAGAUUGGUGAUUCGGAUGAGAAAGAAGUGACUCAAGCUCUCGCUGCAGCGCAAGAAGUUGUGAGGUGUGUUUCCCCUGAGAGUUUGAAGCUAAAUCCAGAGAUGAUGUUUCGUGUGAGCGUGAUUCAUAUUGAUCCUAGAGGAAGAACUACGCCUGCUUUGCCUUCGGUUGCGAGACUCUACGGUUCUGAUUUGAUCGAGAAGAGUGUGGUUCAUAAUAAGCAUGAGCUUUGUGUUUGUACAAUGCUUUGGAACCAAGCUCCGUUCUUGCGUGAGUGGAUCAUGUAUCACUCGUGGCUUGGUGUCGAGCGUUGGUUUAUAUAUGACAACAACAGCGAUGAUGGUAUACAAGAUGAGAUUGAGUUGCUCAGUUCGGAGAAUUACAAUGUGAGUCGACAUGUUUGGCCUUGGAUCAAGACUCAAGAAGCAGGUUUCUCGCAUUGUGCGGUUAGAGCGAAAGAAGAAUGCAAUUGGGUUGGAUUCUUUGAUGUUGACGAGUUCUACUACUUCCCUACACAUCGUUCUCAAGGCUUACCGAGUAAAAACGCUUUGAAGUCUCUUGUAUCAAACUACACUUCAUGGGAUCUUGUUGGAGAGAUCAGAACAGAAUGUCAUAGUUAUGGUCCAUCCGGUUUAACCUCGGUUCCAUCACAAGGCGUGACAGUAGGUUACACUUGUAGACAAGCGAACCCCGAGAGGCAUAAGUCGAUCAUACGACCAGAGUUGCUCACGAGCUCAUUGCUAAACGAAGUUCAUCAUUUUCAAUUGAAAGAAGGAAUAGGGCAUAUGAGUUUGGUGGAGAGUGUAGCGGUAGUGAACCAUUACAAGUACCAAGUUUGGGAGACUUUUAAAGCAAAGUUUUACAGAAGAGUGGCUACUUAUGUUGUGGACUGGCAAGAGAAUCAGAACCAAGGGUCUAAAGAUCGAGCUCCGGGGCUAGGGACAGAGGCCAUUGAGCCGCCUGAUUGGAAAAGAAGGUUCUGUGAAGUGUGGGAUACUGGAUUGAAGGAUUUGGUAUUGUCGAAUUUUGCUGAUCAAGUGACUGGUUAUUUGCUGUGGCAGAGGCAACAACAACAGGAAUGACUUUUUUUUUGUUUAGUUGGUUGGUUGGUUGCUGAGAGAUAACUUCAUCAUGUGUACAUUCAUUUUUACAUUUGACAAGGAGAUUUACAUACGAAGUCUAUAUUAUUAUUUCCUUCUUUUGUUACUUCAUUUUUUUUGUUGGGUUGGUGGUGGGAAGAAUUGAAAUGGCUUCUAAUCUUUUGUUUUUUUCAGAGUUUACCACAUAUGUCUUUUGUUUUUUCAGAGUUUACCACAUGUAUAAAUUUCGGUAACACUGCAAAAUUCUUCUUUUUUUUUCUUUGGGUUCUUAUAUGAAUUUAUUAGUCUU